UGAUGAAAUAAGCCAGAAUCUGCAGAACACUCUGUUCGAGCUAGAAACAUUGAAAAUGGAAGCCAAUGAGAAAUCAAGAACACAUAGAGAAGAAGUCAAUCAGCUUCUCACUCUACUCAAAUCCACUCAACAAGAACGAGAUGAAGCUAGAGAGCAACUAUCUCAGUUUCUCAUCCAAACCCAAAACACUAAUUCAAGAACCACCACUGAAUCAAACAGCUUCUCUGGUGACGGAUCUUCUUCUUCCCUUUCUUCCUCGGAACUCUCCAGCUUCCUAGACAUUCAUCAUCCUCAGCCGUCGAUGAGUCUCGAAGGUCCAACGGCUCAAAAUCAUCAUCAGCCUGAUCCUCUAGACGUUCUAGUUAUGGGUAAAGCUUUUCCAGAAACGGGAAAGCUUUUAAAAGCGGUGGUGGAAGCUGGACCGCUUCUUCAAACGCUUCUCGUGGCGGGGCCACUUCCGAAAUGGGUAAACCCACCGCCUCAAACGCAAUCGCAGCGUUUUGAAUUACCUCCUAAUAUCUCGUUUAAAGGGUGCGAUGAUGUCAGUAGUAGCGGCGCGUCAGGACGAUGUGAUUCACUGAUGUGUUAUGAUUCGGUUAUGAGAUUCGGGUUGAGUUCAAGUUCGGUUAUCGAUCAAACGGUGUUAACCGGGAAGAGGCAGAGAUUAGAGUAGCGAACUGAUUAUUUAACGAGAUUUAUCAGAGCAGCAGUAUUCUAAGUUGGUGAUUAUUUUGUCUCUGGUUCGACCGGCUGGGUUAUAUGUAAGACUUGGUUACGUGAGGAUAAAUUUGUUACCAGCCACGGUAAAUAGAACUAUUUUUCUUUGGCAUAUAUUUGACUAAAAUAUUAAACUGAAUGUUGUUGGGCCCACUCGAAAGUGGGACCCUCCAAAAAUAGGCGUAUGCCACUUAGCGUGGAGAGCACACGGUAUUCUUUAGUAAAAGGCGAAAGAAUAGUUCGCUUUGUGCUCACCACAUGGCUGCGUGAUUUGAACAGAGUGAAGGAGACCUUUAUUUAUAACGCUACUUCUGUUGCUAACUUCUCCCAGUUAUCCGAUGUGGGACUCUUAAACCAACGAAAAAAAAGCGCUACUUCUUUAAAACUCUUCGUGGGCCUGUAAAUGAUAUUGGGCUUUAAACCCCUGAACAGUGUCGUGGCCACGAAGAUGCAAACGCAACCACACGUCUGCCCUCUCUUCUCGAUUAGAUCCAUGGCUAAGUCCACCAAUUGGUUUCCACAGUCAUACCGUUAUGAGCCGAAAAUAUCGAUUAAAACCUUUGAAUUAAUGGAGCAUAAUCCAUAUACUGGAUGUAAAACAGAGGAUAAGGGCUUGAAAAGAAAACCAUACACACUCUCGUCUGGCUUUAAAAUCAUUUACGUGUGUGUUUCCCCAUACCCAAGUAUGCAAAUUCAGAAAAACAAA